AUGCAGCUCAAGACCAUCUUCGGCGUGCUCGCCCUCGCCAGCCUGGGGCUGACCUCCCCGACCCCGGACGUCGAGGGUUUCGAGGAGCGGGACCUCGAAGAGCGCCAGCUCGGUGACAAGAAAGAUUACUGUUGCACCGGCAAGAUCGACACCAAGGACUGGGUGAUCAAUGUCUUGUGGUUCCAGAUCAAGGUUGCCGGGGUGGGAACCGGCUGCAGGCUACAAAAUCCCAGUGCAUGCUACUAUCCCAAGGUUAAGUGCAAGAGUAACUUCCCUCUUGAUCUGCUGCUAUUCUUCCUCGGCUGCCUUUUUCUUUCUCUCUUUGUCUGGCCCAUCCGUUCCUCUACCAUCCAUUGA